GGUACAUGACAAAAACAAGCUACCUGCCCGUCCAAAGCACACGCCGGCCGUGAGCUAGCUACCUAGCAAGAGCUCAGCUUCAGCAAAGAAAGAGAAGCAAAGAGGUAAGGGCACCUCUUGCGCGCAUCUGUUGCAGCAGUUGCAGGUCUAGCGAUACAAAAAGCAGCGGCAGCAGCAAGAGAGCGAGGCAGGCUAGACGAUGGCGUCCAUGGACUGCGCGCUCCAUGUCCUGCUGCGGGUGAUGAUGAGAAGAAGCAUCUGCAGACUGCAAGAGGUCGUUGACAUGGCCGUGGACAUCGGCACGGCGCUCUUCGUGGCGGUACGGGUCUCCGGCCUGGUCUCCCGCCGGCGGCUGCCGUCGUCGUCGUCGCGCGUGCCGUCGAUCUCGGCCAGCACUACAACUACAUACUACUACUCCCCGCCGGCGGCAGCAUCCUUGAUCGGCAUGUCCCGGAUUGACAGGCACUAGAGCUAGUAGCUAGGGUGAGCUACAUCUGGCAUGUAAGUACCAAUGAUUAUUAUUUGUGCGUUUUGUGAGUAGUAAAUUUGAUUAGUCGUUUAGCUAUAUGUUGUGCUACUGAUCUAUAUGUAGUAAUUGGAUGAAUUGAGGUCGAAAAUCCAAAUAAAAUUCUUCGAAUCGAGCUGAGAAAGAAAUGGUGAUCUAA